GAGGCCACUGGCUUCCUCCCAGGGAACAAUUGUAGUUGCCAUCUCCUGGGUCCUCAGGACUGCAGACGCUGGCUGGUCACUGCCUCUGGUUAUAAGGACAGGACUGAGAAACUAUGGAUGAACAUCAGGAAAAUUCAGGAAGAAAGAAUUCCAUGAAAAGGUCUUAAGAAAACUUAACAGCUACUCCUCAGGCCCUAGAGAAUACAUGUGGAUGCCAGGGCAGUUUAGAGGAGUACUGGACGUAACAAUAAGGAGUGAGACAGCCUGUUUUCCAGCAAGUUCCCUGGCGCAUGAUGGCCAUCUGUAGAAAACCAUCCUGAGGAAAGAGAGGUCAUACUGAGCACGAUGUGGGUGGAACUUUCAAAUUGAAUCUCACAUCAAUUACAGACGAGAAUUCCAAGAGUAAAAAUCUUGCCGCCACCUUUGUGUCACCUCCAGCACUCGCCCUGCCCCGGGGUACAAGGCACCCUGCACCCUUUAGAGUGUUGAAAGGGGGAAGUUAGCGUACAAACUCACAAACACAAAGAAGCCGUGUGGACCCAAGGACGGCGGGAAAGGAUCCCACCAAGUCUGCAACCCCACUGACCCUGCAAUCCUGCCCGAGCCAGGCUGCUCAGUAGCAGGUGCGCGGGAGCGCACGGCCCGGCACCGGGGGCAGCCUGCCUAGCGGCAUCUCCCCGCCACCCCAGCCCGCACCGGGAACCGCGUCCCCAGGACUUAACAGGGGCAGGGGGGGGACGGGGUUGGAGAGGAGACGUCCGCAGCACCUGGCCCGGUGCGCAGCACUGGAGGACGGCGGCCGCUCCGUAAGGUCGGUGAAUGCGCCGGCCGGUGGCUCCGCAGCUCCCGCGCCCGGGUCACGGCGGCAGAGCCGCAGCAGACUCCUAGACCGUUAGCACGGCCGCCUAUUGCGGAUUCCCGGCCAGUGAGGACGUGGAAGCCACGCACCAGCAGGGUCCUUGGAGGGGGCAGGGAAAGGCCCGGGCUUGGCUGCUGGCCCCGCCCCCGCGCAGCUACUGAAGCGCACGAUCCUCCCGGAGCCCAGAGCGUCCCGGAAGUGCACGCAGGCGGGGACAAGGCGGAGCCGGGCGCGCUUCCGGCUGGCGCGCGGCGGCCUCCUCCCGCUCCAAGGUCCUAGGUGUGCACACCUUCAGCAGGUCUCAGGGAAGAUGGCAGCCCUAGGGGACGUUCAAGAGUCCCUUCCUGUCCAGUCCCCUGUCAGUCUCUCCUCACCGGGGACACCAGGAGCCCAGCACCACGAGGCACGGCUUCACCUCCACGGGCAUCAGCAUGGUUCCCCCAGUUCCAUCCCUGAGGUGCUCUCCCAGCUGUCGGACCUGGAUCUCCAAGACAUAGAAGAAGUUGAGAUCGGCAGAGACAACUUCUGGCCUGAUUCCGAGUCCCAGCCGGAGCAGGCUGCCUCUCCCCACUUGCACAUCCCUGCAGACAGGGUGGACCAGGAUGGGGGGACGUUGCGGGGCCUCCUGAGGAGCCUUCCCCGUGGAGCCAAGUGUCCAAGCCUUGGGCAGGAGUCCAGCUUGGAGCGGGCUGCCGAGCUGGGCGGCGGCGGCUUCAGCCUGGGCACAGGCCUCGGGACGCAGCAGGGCAGCCCGAGGGGGGCCAAGCCGCACCGGUGCGAGGCCUGCGGCAAGAGCUUCAAGUACAACUCGCUGCUGCUGAAGCACCAGCGCAUCCACACAGGUGAGAAGCCCUAUCCCUGCCACGAGUGCGGCAAGCGCUUCCGCGGCUGGUCAGGCUUCAUCCAGCACCACCGCAUCCACACGGGCGAGAAGCCUUACGAGUGCGGCGAGUGCGGCCGCGCCUUCAGCCACAGCUCGCACUUCACGCAGCACCUGCGCAUCCACAACGGUGAGAAGCCCUACAAGUGCGGCGAGUGCGGCCAGGCCUUCAGCCAGAGCUCCAACCUGGUGCGCCACCAGCGGCUGCACACGGGCGAGAAGCCCUACGCCUGCAGCCAGUGCGGCAAGGCCUUCAUCUGGAGCUCCGUGCUCAUCGAGCACCAGCGCAUCCACACGGGCGAGAAGCCCUAUGAGUGCGCCGACUGCGGCAAGAGCUUCCGUGGCCGCUCGCACUUCUUCCGGCACCUGCGGACCCACACGGGCGAGAAGCCCUUUGCAUGCGGCAUCUGCGGCAAGGCUUUUGGCCAGAGCUCCCAGCUCAUCCAGCACCAGAGGGUGCACUACCGAGAGUAGCCAGGGCGGGGACUGGCUGGCUGGGGCCCAGGGAGGUUCCAGGGUGGAGCUUCUGCCUCUCCUGACCGCAGGCCGAGGGUCCCCAAUAAAUUCUUUUUGAGGAUGGACAUGUGAGCACAGGCUCCUGCCUAGGGGAGGCCUCCAGCUGCUUCCUGUCCCUGAGGGCCUGAUGCGGAACAAAGUGACAGGGCUACUCCAUCAAGACCUGCCAUGUGGCACCCCAUUGUCCCCUGAGGGGCCUGAGGCCUGGUCUUACCCAGAGUCAGGCUUGCCUAAUGCUGACACCUCAAGAGAGAAACCCAAAGCAGGGGGGACAAGGACAGUGCUGGCUUGCCUAGAGGAGGGUACACAAUGCAGGCCUGGCCAGGCUGCCUCUCCUCCAUCCUGAGCCUGGGAUCUCUUUGGCAGUUAAGUUCCCUUAACUCUUUUGAAGGUCCCUGAUUCUAGUCCAUUCUAAAUGUGGCGCAUUCUUCAGGAACAGUUCUCGGGUCUGUGCCCCCUCACCCCUUGCCUUUGCAUGCAGCUGUGGCCCCGGGCCCGUAGGCUACCCCAGGAGGUGCUUCCUGCCCACCUUUCCCUGCCAGGCCUUCAAAGUGGCUUCCAGCUCUGGGAAAUUGGGGCAGGGUGGGUGCACAGGUCUUGACAGGUGCAGGCUGCUACGGCUGGGUCAGAGCCAUGGCCGUCUGCAGAUCUGCUGUGACUCCUCUCCUUGACAGGGCAGUCUCAGUCCAGCUCUGGGACUUCCAGCCCCUUGUGGUAAGUAACGAGCUCAGCUGGGUGGUGGUGGCAAGGAAUAAGUGUAACAGCACUUUCUCCCUGCCCCACCUGCACAUUCUGGAAUGGUUGGGGGGGCCCACCCCACCUUGACUAGUCAUCCUGCCCCUCUGCAGGCUGCACCUCUCCAGGUCUCACUCCCCCAGUCCCUCCUCUCCUGCUGUGAUUCAGAUGUACCUGUACUGGAGCAGGUCGUUUAUCCUGUUGGAAAACAAAAGCUAGUGGCUUUUGUGGCAUCGUCUCUGGGUGCCUGCACUGUCCACAUAUGAUGUCAUUGGCCCCCAGCAAGCCCAUUUUCCAGAGGAUACUGAGGGUCCAAGGUGUCCCGUAGCUUGCUCAAGGUCACAGGAGCAGUGACAGCACACCAGACCAACCCCAGGGCUCCCUGACCAGCCAUCCACCUUGGCCAUCCAGACCCCUGCCGAAACAGCAGGCCACGAUUCCUCAUCAUGAGCUCUGCAGUCACGGCUGGACACAGCUGUGAGGGCAGGGCCCAUCCACUUCCCUGCCGCCUAGUGGGCCUUGGCUUGAGAUUCUGAUUCUUGGGCCUGAGAGGUGGGGGUAAAAACGCAUGCCCGCCUUCCCUUCACCUCAAGUGUGUAGCGUGAGGCUUUGGCCCUUGGGCAGCCAGGCUGAGGAGCUGCCUCUGCAGGGACUGCCCUGUGGUCCUAGACUCUCCACCAGUGGCCCGGGGUGCCUUGAGGGAUGGGGCCAAGUGUGUACAGCCUUGCAGGGGUAGGACCAGAUGACUCCCCUACGGCCCACACCAGACCCUGGGGCCACAGGCACGUGCUGGGAAAACUUGGGGGGAGGGGCCUGGCGCAUGCCGUAGGCCAGGGCAGCUCCUCCAAGCCACCUCAUAAAAGCUCAGCAAGGUCAUUGGCCUUUCUUGUUGGGCAGGGCCUGCCAAGAUGAGCUGGAAUGGUACCUGUGUCUCCCUUGGUGUCCUUGGCUCCCUCUCCAAGCCCAAGAGCACUGGACUGAUUGUCAAACAUUCCAUCUGAUCCCCUCAGCAUUUCCCAGGAACCCAGAGUGGGCCCCGUAGGACCCAGACGUGACCUUUUAAGGGUAUUUUCUCUGCCUUGUGCCCACCCAGUUCAUCAGCACCUUGCUGAAUGGGACAUGACAUCAUCCCUCCCUGAGCCCUCCUGGGACGCUUAGGUGUCCCCGAUGAAUCCACGCUGCGCUCUGUCCCCCUCCAUGGUUUACAUCACCCAAGGCACCCUGUCAACACCUGCCAGCCCUAGGGCUGGUUCCUGAGCCCCCAGUUCCAGCGCUGCUGCCUUUGCGUUCUCUGAACCAAAUCUGGGCGCAGCGCCAUCCAGAGGUCUCUCAGCCAACAUCUGAGCCCAAGGUGCACCAACCCCACACCACCAUGCCAUCCCUUCUCUGACACAGUUCCUGAGCUCCCGGCCUUCAGCCUCUCCCUCUUACACAAAGUGACCAGAACCCGAUGGUCUCCAGGAGCUCAGGUCUGGGGUCUAACAGUGCUGAUUCCAGGCCCUGCAUAGAACCCAUUUCCGCCUCUGAAAAUGGAGCUAGCACAGCCCUUCUGGCACUGCAUAUGGAGGUCGGGUGUUGAGUUCUUUGUGCACUACUCGGCACAAAUCCCCAUAAAAAGGGCUCCCACAAUGGCUCUGUCAACACCCAGGGACAGUGUAAGUGGACAGUCAUAGCAGGCUGCCACCUGAGGCCCUGGCUGGCCACAGCCAAUGUGAGGGACCAUCAAGAGGAUCUGGCAAGGAACCAGGAGCAGGGUUGUGUUUCAGAACCCAGGAAGUGAUUGUGUCUGGCACAGUGUCUGCUUUGGGCCACAGAAGGAAAUGCCCUAGAGGGAUGCUGAACUCCAAAGCACUGGAGCUGCAAAAAAAAGGGGGCCCUCUGAACAGCUUGCAGGAACCCCAGCCACGGGAAGGGAGGACUGAGAGCUGACCUGGUCUCAGGCUUGGGUUUUGUGUGGAGGCCUUGGAGCGGGCUGUACAUGCCUAUGGAUUAGCAAAUAAAUGAGCUUUAGCUGGGA